AUGGCGAGAGCCACGGCCCUCUACGCCGCUGGUUUCUACGACAAGGUCUCCCAAAACGCCAAUGACCCCCGAUUUUCACUCGAUGAUUUCGAUUUUUCAACAGACCAACUUCAGCAAUACAGCCACAGUAUCACAAACAUGCUAAAAAAAUGUAAAUUAGACAACGGAGUAUGUGGUCCUCAGCACUUUGAAGUAGUUCGGACGAAAUACGGCAUAUGCUACCAACUUCAAAUACCCAUGAAACCCCUUGUGCAAUUGGAGUUAAUCUUGGACCCAGAAGAGAAUGAAUAUAUUCUUCCAAACGAUGGUUUUAUUGGAUUCUUCAUUCUUCUAAAUUACUCGUCGAUCGACCGGGGUGACUUUUUCAUUGGAACGGGAUUUCACAAUAUCGUUCGCUUAUCUGUUGUGGUGCCAAGCAAUGGCAUUUCAUGUGAUCAUACGGGCCGGUCACAACUGCGAGUCGAUUCUAUUACACAAACAGUGAAAUCGGCUCUCUACCAAAGUCUUUUGCCUCGCGGUUUAACAAAUACAGUGGUGGAUUCCGACCGAAUUUAUAUUUCUUAA